GCGCGAGAGAGCGAGUGGAGGCAGAAUUUAAAAAUAAACCGGCCCCUCCGUCCUCCCCGCCCGUUCGCUGCCGCCGCCGCGCCCCCUCCACUCCCCCUACUCCCCGAGCCCGCGCCCUCGAAGUCCCUGUCAGAGGGCCCGCGCGCCCACCCCGUCGUCCCGCGCGCGGCCCCUUUAAGAAAAGAGAAGGCGAGAGUGAGUGAGAGAGACUCCCGACUCUCCCCCUCCCCGCCCCUCCCUCCUGCCCCCUCCUCCCUCCCCUCUCCCCUCCCCUCCCCCCCUCCCCGGGCGGCUCCGGCUCCCGCAGCGGGACAGACCCGCCCGCCCGGGCUUUUCUCCGGCCCCCCGGCAGCGCCGUCCCUCCCUCCCCGGUCUAUGGUGGCGGCGGCGGAAGACGAGGCUGCGGCGUUGCCAUGAACAGUGGCGGCGGCCUCCCGCCCCCCUCGGCCGCCGCCUCCUCCGCGUCCUCCUCGCUGGCGGCGGCCGCGGCGGUGGCCCCGCCGGGGGUCGGGGGCGUCCCCGGCGGGGCGGCGGCGGCGGGGGUGAAGCUGAAGUACUGCCGCUACUACGCCAAGGAUAAGACGUGCUUCUACGGGGAGGAGUGUCAGUUCCUGCAUGAGGACCCGGCCGCCGGGGCCGCGCCGGGCCUCGGCCUCCAUAGCAACAGCGUCCCCCUGGCUCUGGCGGGCGCGCCCGGGGCCGGCUUCCCGCCCGGAGCGGUCCCGGCCGGGGGAGCCGGGCCGCCCGCGGGGCCCAAGAAGCCGGACCUGGGGGGCCCCGGAGCCGGCGGAGGCGGCAGCAGCGGGGUACUCGACGGGCCGCGGCUGGCAAUUCCUGGAAUCGAUGGAGGUGCUUUAACUGAUACGAGUCUCACAGAUUCCUAUUUCAGCACCAGCUUUAUUGGAGUCAAUGGAUUUGGAAGCCCUGUGGAGACGAAGUAUCCUGUGAUGCAGAGAAUGACUAAUAGUAGCAGCUCCCCAAGCCUUCUAAAUGACAGUGCCAAGCCAUACGCAGGCCACGAUCCUCUAACUUCACCUGCUUCAUCCUUGUUUAAUGACUUUGGUGCCCUCAACAUCUCUCAGAGAAGAAAGCCAAGGAAGUAUCGCCUGGGGAUGCUGGAGGAGAGGCUAGUUCCGAUGGGAUCAAAGGCACGAAAAGCAAAGAACCCUAUUGGCUGCCUUGCUGACAGGUGUAAAUCAGGAGUACCCAUCAAUAUGGUUUGGUGGAACAGAGUCACAGAAAACAAUUUACAGACACCAAAUCCUACUGCAAGUGAGUUUAUUCCCAAAGGAGGAUCAACCUCCAGGCUGAGUAACACGUCCCAGUCACAUGCGUCUGCCUUCUCUCAAGUGUUCUCUCACCCAUCCCUGGGGACUCCUGCUGCUGCUGGAUUAGCACCAGGAAUGUCACUGUCUGCUGGAUCCUCCCCUCUUCACUCCCCCAAGAUCACUCCACAUACUUCUCCUGCCCCCAGAAGAAGAAGCCACACUCCAAAUCCAGCAAAUUACAUGGUGCCUUCUAGUGCCUCUACGCCCGGAAAUAAUCCUGUUUCUCAGACACCAUCUUCUGGUCAAGUGAUCCAAAAGGAAACCGUCGGUGGAACGACGUACUUCUAUACAGACACGACUCCAGCACCUUUGAGUGGAAUGAGAUCUUUCAAAAAUUAUCACAGAACAGCUUGCCGAGCAGAAGGUCAAAUAAUUGAGGUAUUUCCCAAUUACCACAUCUAUCCUCCAACUGCACCUCACGUUGCUUAUAUGCAGCCGAAAGCGAAUGCACCUUCCUUCUUCAUGGCUGAUGAACUGCGACAGGAGCUGAUAAACAGACAUUUAAUAACAAUGGCUCAAAUUGAUCAAGCGGAUAUGCCAGCAGUCCCUUCAGAAGUUGACAGCUACCAUAGCCUGUUCCCUCUAGAACCACUGCCACCACCCAACCGGAUACAGAAAUCAAGUAAUUUUGGAUAUAUUACGUCCUGCUACAAAGCUGUAAAUAGCAAAGAUGAUCUGCCUUAUUGCCUUCGGAGGAUACAUGGUUUUCGUCUUGUUAACACAAAGUGCAUGGUAUUGGUCGAUAUGUGGAAAAAAAUUCAGCAUUCAAAUAUUGUAACCUUGCGUGAAGUAUUUACCACUAAAGCUUUCUCAGAGCCUUCUCUUGUGUUUGCAUAUGAUUUCCAUGCUGGAGGAGAGACCAUGAUGAGCAGACACUUCAAUGACCCCAACGCGGAUGCCUAUUUCACAAAGAGAAAGUGGGGUCAACAUGAUGGACCGUUGCCCAGACAGCAUGCUGGAUUGUUGCCAGAAUCUCUUAUUUGGGCAUAUAUUGUCCAGCUGAGUUCUGCACUGCGUACCAUUCAUACCGCAGGUUUGGCAUGUCGCGUUAUGGACCCAACAAAGAUUCUGAUAACUGGCAAAACAAGGUUGCGAGUAAAUUGUGUUGGAGUUUUUGAUGUUUUAACAUUUGAUAACAGUCAGAAUAAUAAUCCAUUGGCAUUAAUGGCUCAAUACCAGCAAGCAGAUCUGAUAUCAUUAGGAAAAGUUGUGUUGGCUUUGGCUUGCAACUCUUUGGCAGGAAUUCAGCGAGAGAAUUUACAGAAAGCCAUGGAACUGGUGACAAUCAACUACUCCUCUGACCUGAAGAAUCUGAUUUUAUAUUUGUUGACUGACCAAAACAGGAUGCGAAGUGUAAAUGACAUCAUGCCCAUGAUUGGUGCUCGAUUUUAUACUCAAUUGGAUGCUGCUCAAAUGAGAAAUGAUGUCAUAGAGGAAGACCUUGCAAAGGAGGUUCAAAAUGGAAGACUGUUUAGGCUUCUAGCAAAAUUGGGAACAAUCAAUGAGAGGCCGGAGUUUCAGAAGGAUCCUACCUGGUCAGAGACGGGAGACCGGUACCUGUUGAAGCUCUUUAGGGAUCAUCUUUUUCAUCAGGUGACAGAAGCGGGUGCUCCUUGGAUUGACCUCAGUCAUAUCAUUUCUUGUCUUAACAAGUUAGAUGCUGGUGUGCCAGAAAAAAUAAGCCUCAUUUCCAGAGAUGAGAAGAGUGUACUUGUGGUGACUUACAGUGACUUAAAGCGAUGCUUUGAAAAUACUUUUCAAGAACUGAUUGCAGCUGCGAAUGGUCAGUUGUAGUAUUUGCUUAAAAAAAAAAAAUAGGCGGGAUAUGGCCAAGGAGCUCAACCAAUAGCAAAUUGCACUACAGCUGAACUGUCGUCAUCUCAUCUCACGUCGGGAAGCACGCAGAAGAUGAGCAGAGCUGCUUGCACUUGGGUCAGGUGCACUGUUACUUGAAAGAAAGAAUGUCUCCCUCAGCCCCGAGCUGUGGCUGCCGGCGGGGCCACACCUGUGAAGAAUUUAUUUUAGAACAAGGAGCACCAUUAGGUGAAUGAUGUUCCAGCUUUUGUUGUUUUUUUUUUUUCCCCACUUGUAUAUGCACUAAUUUUAAUUUUUUAAAGACUUUUUUCUGAUCUUUGAACUUUUGCCAUGUUGUAUACUUAUUAAGGGAAACUAUUUGCAAGGACACUUUUGGGAAACCAUGCUGGGCAGCAUUUUUGUUCACUGAGGGGUGCAGAAUUUGCUCUUUGGGGGAGGGGUUGCCCUGAAUAACAUAACGGACCAGGUCAGUGAUUUCAUGGAAGUACAGUAUAGUGCAUCGUUCUUGUAAGAGUAUUGUAUGCAAGCUCUGUAUGCCACCCACUGUUUGUUCAGACUGAGAGGUUUUUUUUUUGUUUGUUUUGUUUUUACGAACACAGAAAAGUAUCAGUGAAUUAUUGGGCAUGAAUUCCCCUCUCAGCUGAUUUAAAUCCUUUCUGAAUGAGGAUAGACAGUCACUGAAGGAGCAUACAGAACUCUUCACUCCAGAUUCAACCAGAGCCUUUUUUUUAAAAAAAAAAAAAAAAAAAAAAAGGUGUUCCCCUGCUAAUCAGAUACAUUUAUGCCAUUUUUUUUUUAAUAGAAAAAAAACAUUAAGAAAUUGUGUUAAAGGCCUGAAGGUCAGGAGUCUGUUGCUUUAGGUUCUUUCCAGUUUGCUUUUUUUGUAUAAAGUUCUGUUCUUUGAACCACAGCUUUACUAUGGUACUUUACACUGGACACAGAUGCAGAGACACUGUUCAGAAGACAAACUGCACACAGCAGUGGUCUGGCGUCGAGAGCUUUCUGAAGUCUUACAGCCUGGAUCUGGAAGGAUCACAGUCUGCUGUGCCUUUGCAGUCACUGCUUAGCCCAAAGUCAUAGUGCUUUUGAUAAUAAUAACUCUGUGGGGGUAUUCCUGAGUCAGUCAAUCUCAAAAGUUUGGAAUUUUCCUCCUCUUAACUUUCUUAACAUUUGGACGUGCAGUUGUCGCCAAACUUGGGUAUUCAUGGAAUUUCUAGUCAAUGAAAUACCUGUCCUUAGAUACUGAAGACUGCCAAAUACAUAGGAAUUUUCUUUCAUAAAAACCAGUAAUGAAGACUUUUAUCUCCUUUCCCAGCACUGAAUGUUUUCCUAGCACUGGGUGCUCACCACACAACGAUGAAGAAAUGUGGAAACUCAGAAGGUCGGGAGGGACUUCCAGGCACUUGCAACUGAUGUGACAGUCUUCAAUUUUAAUAACUAUUCAUAUUUGUAGUUUUCAGAGAAGUUUUUAAUAUUUCUCUGUCCACUUUUUAUAAGCUUUAAAAUGAUUUUCUCUGCCUUGAGAUUUGCAUCAAGAAAAAGCACCUCUUCACCCAAAAGCUUUGAAGACUAGAGACAUGCUUUACAUGUUUUAACAAGUGUGUUUGAGUCCACGUUUGGUAGCAUCAGUUGUUGAGUUAAAAAGGAAAUCAAUUAUUGCAUUUGAUCAGGAUGGAUUUUAAAAAGAACAUAAUGUUCACUAUUCAAAGGAUAAUUAACAUUUGCCACCAUAAUGUUCUUUUUUUAUGUAAAAGGAACAAGAACUUGGAGACAUUAACAUGCAAAGGUCUUUUAUCAUUAUUAGCUCAUGUAUUUGAGGAAGAGCAGCUGUCUUUUUAUAUGUUUUUUGACAAAUCAUAU